UCUGCUCACGCAAACUUCUGCUUUCCCUCCGCAGGGUCACUGCCAAGCUGGACUGCGACACGCCCGGCCUCGUCCCCGCUCGCUGCUGCAGGACGCUGCAAGUGCUGGUGCCAACACGAUGCUGUGGGCCGUGCUGCUCUGCCUGGCUGCAGUCCCCCUGGCCAGCACGAACAGCUGCCAGGGCUACGCCGCCAUCCCGGGCAUUCCAGGCGUACCAGGAAAGCCGGGCUCCAAUGGCGAAGAUGGACUGGAUGGCCUGAAGGGAGAGAAAGGUCCCCCAGGGCGGGUGGAUGAUGAAAUGGAGCUGGGGGAGAAAGGAGAGCCGGGGAGCCCCGGAUACCCCGGGAAAGUCGGCCCCAAAGGCCCUGUCGGCUCCAAGGGCUCUCCGGGCCCCCCGGGUCCUCCUGGGCCAGUGGGUGAAUCUGGGGACUUCAAGACCACCCUCAAAGCUGCAUUCUCAGCUGCCAGGACCAUUAGCAUGCUGCCGCGCCGGGAGCAGCCCAUCCGCUUCGACCGCAUCAUCACCAACGAGAACGGGCACUACGAGAACAGGUAUGGCCGGUUCACCUGCAAGAUCCCGGGGCUCUACUACUUCACCUACCACGCCACCUCCAGGGGCAACUUGUGCAUCAACAUCAAGAAGGGCGAGGGCAUGAAGGGGGAGAAGGUGGUGACCUUCUGCGACUACGUGCACAACGUCUACCAGGUCACCACCGGGGGAGUGGUUCUGCGGAUGCAGGCAGAUGAGUCCGUGUGGCUGGAGCCCACUGAGAAGAAUUCCCUGGUGGGGAUCGAAGGGGCUGACAGCAUCUUCUCGGGGUUCCUGCUCUUCCCCGACUAGCAGCCUGUGGACACCACCCCAGCACCCACUCUUCCAUGUGCUCCCCGCAUGUCACUCCCAAGUGCAACACGCUGGCACAAGCUUCCACGCUGCAGCCCGUUGAUACAUGAAGUGCUUUCCCCAGCAGCAGGGCCGGCUACCUCUCAGGGCACGGGCCUGUGGCACUUCCCCCACACAGAGCUGCCUCGGUGCUGCCCAUCCCACCCCUGGUGCAACGCCAGCUUCAGCCCUACCCAGCACGCAGCCCCCUGGCAGAGAACCCACAACAAGGGAGGCCCGGCCCCGGGAGGCCCACUCUACGUCCCUGAAUCCCUGGCAAUCGCCUGUGGAUCCCGAGGCUGCACUUCCUCAGUGCCUAGCACACAGUGCCAGCUCCCACUUGCACCACCAAGAACCCCUUGCCCCAGGGCCUAGCACGUCACUGCCACCGAAGGACCCCCGAGCUCAGCAGCCCAGGGGCCAGAACCCCAGGAGGGCGAAAAUGGGCAACGUGUCUCCUCUGUGGUUGGGGCCAAGGAGCUGUGCGGAGCAGGGAUGCCCCUGGACUCCAGCCCCAUCCAGUGUCAGAGCAGGCCGAGCUUUGCUCCUCAUGGACCUUCAGAUGAAUAAAUGUCCCCUCGGAGGACAGAUGUUGGGGACCCGGGGGCGCCACAUCCUUGUCGUGGGCCUGGGGCGCCUCUGGGCCAGGACAACGUUCCUCCCCCAGCUGCCCUCCUGCUCAGGGAGUCCCACCUCUCUCCCGCAGGACCAGCCCCCUCCUCUCCCAGCCCAUAGCUUUCACAUAGCUUCUGCUUGCCGGGGGAGGGGGGCACAAGCCCUUUCAAAUGAGCAAAGCACCAGCCCCCACAGCACGGCUCAGAGUGAUGGUUGGCCCGGGGAGUCCCAGCCAAGUGGGGGUCCCUGUCACAGCAGUGGGGAGUCUCAUGCCGGAGAAUCGUGGGAGCCCAGCCCAGCCCUGAUAGACAAACAUUGGGUGCAGUGGAAGUGCCCGCCAUCCUGUCCCAGGGGGAUGCCCGGCUGUGAGCCGCUCUGGCCUGCUGUGGGGCCGAUGGGGUCAGGCCAAAGGCCCCAGUCCCAGCUCCAGCUCCAGGGAGAUGAUCUGUCAGGAGCAAUCCGAGAUCUGCACUCUCCUUUCUGACCCACCUGGAGCUGCUCGACUAGCCUUUCUGACCCACCUGCUGCAGCCUGUGGCAGGGAGGAGACCUCCGGCGAGGACACCUGCAUCCUAGCCAGCCCCACUCCAGAUACCUGCCUUCUCCGCCAGCGGCUGCUUGCUGUCCCUUGGGGCUCGUGCUCGCCAGGCCUGAGCCCUUAGCCGGGCCCCGCAGAGCAGAGAGCCAAUAAACUUGUUGUCUGCUAUUGA